AAGAAAUGAUUUUGUUAAUUAGUAAUAUCGAUCGAAGUCUAAACUUUCUUCUUAAUACUCUUUCAACAUCUCAUGUCUUAUUCUAUACUAUUAAACUACACAUUGGAAAACUAGUAGCCAACACUCACUGAAAUAAAGAGAAAUUGAGAGAGAGAGAGAUAGAGAGAGAGAGAGAGAUGGCAGGGAGGUAUUGUUACAAGGACGUGAUUCCAUUCACUGCAAUGGUUGCAAUAGAGUGCACAAACGUUGGUGUCAAUGUUCUAUUCAAAUUAGCUACACAAAAAGGGUUGAGUUACUAUAUCUUCGUAGCUUAUUCAUUUGUUGUCUCCAUUCUUGUUCUCCUUUUGCCUCUACUCUUCUUCUUCAAAUGGUCAAGAGAGCUUCCUCCUUUGAAUGUGUCUCUAAUCUUCAGAAUUUUUCUCCUAGGAGUUAUUGGAGUUGCAGCUCAGCUUUGUGGAUAUAAAGGACUUGAAUACACUUCACCUACUCUUGCUUCUUCUCUUGGAAACCUUGUACCUGCUUUUACAUUCAUCCUAGCUAUCAUUUUCAGGAUGGAGACUAUAAAUUUAAGCUGCAAAAGUAGUAAAGCAAAAAUAUUGGGAUCUACGGUAUCAAUAUUAGGUGCACUCACAAUUGUUCUUUAUAAGGGUUCAACAAUCAUACCCUCAUCAUCAACACAACCACCCCCUAUUAUUGAUUCUUCAAUUGCCUCAACAUCACAAUCAAAUUUGGUUCUUGGUGGAUCUCUACUUGUGAUUGAAUAUAUUUUUGUUCCAAUAUGGUACAUUAUUCAGACAAAUGUUAUAAAAGAAUAUCCAGCAGAGGUUAUUGUGGUCUUUUUAUACAACGUAUCUGGAGCACUAGUGUCUGUACCAAUUUGUUUAUUACUAGAAUCAAACUUGAGUGCUUGGAAGAUUAAUCCUGAUAUUACAUUGAUCUCCAUUUUAUACUCGGGUUUCUUUUGCACAGGACUAAGUAGUCUUGUUCACACUUGGGGUCUCAAUGUUAAAGGCCCUGUAUAUAUAUCACUCUUCAAGCCUUUAUCAAUUGCUAUUGCUGCUUCUUUUAGUGCUAUAUUCCUUGGUGAUGCACUCUAUUUUGGGACUGUAGUUGGAGCAGUAAUACUUUCGAUUGGGUUUUAUGGUGUUAUAUGGGGGAAAGCCAAAGAAGAAUCGAAUGAAGAGUUUGAGAUUUGUAGAGUUUCAGCUCUAUCCAAUAGUAAGACUCCUUUGUUGCAGUAGUCCAAUCCAAUGUGAUAAAUAUAGAGGAGGAAUCACUUAUAAUGAUUGUUGAAGAUGUAGAUAUGAUACUAUAUAGUUUUAGAUGAAGAUGACAAUUAAAUCUCAUUUCUUUGUUAGGCUUUCAACAUUUUGUGCAUCAAUGAUACUUUAUGUUGAUAGUGUUCAACACACAAAAAACAACUAAAUAUUAAGCCCAUAUUUGAAGGGCAUCUCCAAUUGUAAAAUUAAACACUUUUUAAUGUAUUAUAUUGUAUAUAUAACA